AUGCUGUUGACAUUUUAGCUAAAUUUGGUGACACAUAAUUAACCACAAUCUGAUUCUAUUUUCUUCAACAGUUAACAAUCAGCCGCCGGAAACUAUUAGAAAAUCAAGUUUGACUGGGUAUCCUAUCAUCUCGAGCUAUCCACACUACUCUCAACACAGACCAGACAGAAUAACCAACCGAGAACCUUCUCCCUCUUUCUCUCUCCUCCUCCUUUCUCUCUCUAACCCGAUCCCUCCGCCCUUAGAUACUUGUAAUAGAUCCCCUUUUUCUCUAAAUCCAUAAGAACCAAAAAAGAAUCACAGAAUUUACAUAGAGGGAGAGAGACAUGAAGCUUGAUUUGGUGUUUCUCUCUCUACUUUCUCUCUCUAUAUUAGUCACCCCAGCAGCCGUCGCCUCAGCUCCUCCUCCGACCUCCACCAACUUAUCCACCACAUGUCCGAUGGACUUUGGACAUGUCCUUAGAAUUCCAUGGUCCUCUUCUCCGUGCCAAAAUUAUGAUUCCAACAAAACUGAGUGUUGCCAAACCCUACUCAGCCUCUUCGGAAUAGCCCUUUCUCAACACCUCAAAGAGACCUCUCUCUUCCAGCUCCCAAACCUACCCACUUCCAUUUCUUGCCUCUCUGACUUCCAAUCCAAGCUCGACUCUCUCUCUCUUCCCUCCAAUCUCACCUACCUCUGCUUUGACCCUCUUCAGUUCGUCAUUACACCGAACAUCUGUGCUGCAAUCGAGUCAACCCAGGAUUGGGUCGCCAAGCUCGGACCCUCCACGCCGAUCGACACCGCCUGCCGGCCGGACCUCACCCUUCUCACCUCCUGUGACGCCUGCGUGGCUGCUGGAUUCCAGGUUCAGUCCAAAUUGAUCGAAAUUGAUGGUAACAAAUCUCAUUCCACUGAUUGCUUUUACUUCUCAAUUCUAUAUGCUGCUGGUAUUGUGAAUGAAUUUGGGCCUGAGAGUAAUGGUGCAAUGACUUGUAUUUUGGGUCUUUCGCUCACUACGCCUAAAGGGUCAGAUAAGAACCACUCGGCUCUCGUGUUCGGCCUCACCGGGGCCAGUGUGGCCGUGUUGGUCAUGUCUUGUUUGUUGGGUCUGUAUUUUUGGUGGGACAGGAAAUGGAGAAAGAAGGAUUCAUGGUUUGAUUCGGGUUCUGGGUUUGAUUUGGAAGAGUUAGGAGGGUCAAGGCCACAAAGGCGGCCUACUUCAGUGUCAAUAUGGUUCAAGAUUGAUGAACUUGAGAAGGCAACUGACAACUUUUCACAGAAGAAUUUUAUUGGGAGAGGUGGGUUUGGGAUUGUUUAUAAGGGGACUCUUUCGGAUGGAACUACGGUUGCAGUUAAAAAGAUCAUUGAAUCGGAUUUUCAGGGCAAUGCAGAGUUUUGCAAUGAAGUUGAGAUCAUUAGCAAUUUAAAGCAUCGAAAUCUUGUUCCGCUUAGAGGGUGUUGUGUGACAGGUGAAUAUGCUGAUGGUGAAGAGAGUGGAGGUGAAAGGUACCUUGUUUAUGAUUACAUGCCGAAUGGGAAUCUGGAUGACCAUUUGUUUUUGUCCUCUGCAAAUCCGAGUGGAAUUGGUAAGCUACCAUUGACAUGGCCUCAAAGGAAGAGCAUAAUCUUGGAUGUGGCAAAGGGGCUAGCUUAUCUUCACUAUGGAGUGAAGCCAGCUAUAUAUCAUAGAGAUAUUAAGGCCACAAACAUACUUUUGGAUGCAGACAUGAAAGCAAGAGUGGCAGAUUUUGGGUUAGCAAAACAAAUCAGAGAAGGGCAGUCUCAUCUCACUACUAGAGUAGCUGGUACUCAUGGUUAUUUAGCCCCGGAAUAUGCUCUAUAUGGUCAGCUGACAGAAAAGAGUGAUGUUUACAGCUUUGGGGUGGUUGUGUUGGAGAUAAUGUGUGGGAGAAAAGCACUUGACUUGUCUUCCUCGGGAUCACCACGAGCAUUUUUAAUCACGGAUUGGGCUUGGUCACUUGUGAAAGCGGGAAAGAUAGAACAGGCUUUGGACCCUUCUUUGUUGACAGAAGGGGAUUUGGCAAAUCCGAGGGGGAUCAUGGAUAGAUUUGUACUAGUUGGAAUAUUGUGUGCUCAUGUAAUGGUGGCUUUAAGGCCUACCAUUUUGGACGCGCUGAAAAUGUUGGAAGGAGAUAUUGAGGUCCCUGCUAUUCGAGAUAGACCAACACCUCUUGGGCAUCCUUCAUUUUCUGCCGAUGGCAAUACUUUUAGCAUAUCCCCGGCAUUGAGUGGACCUCGGUUGCAUACUGGAGACAUGCUUAGAGAAGAGUAAGAAGAUGGUGGCUUCACAUUAGAAAGUCUUGGAUAUUUAUCAAUCCAAUUGAAGGAACCAAACUUGGGUAUGAACAAAUAGCAUUUCUUCCCACAUUAGACACUCCAAAAUGUGAGCAUCAAACUCCAUGUUAUCGUCCAAGAAAAUGGAGGGCGAAGAGUAGAUAUUUGGACUUUUUACAACUGCUCAAUCAUUUCGAAGAUUCCAAACUUUCUAACCUAUUGUUGAAUUUUUGUAGGCAAUCAAUGACACAGCAUAUGAUUUACUCUGUGGAGAGAGUAUUCAUGAGAUAUUCAAUUGUAAAUAUAUAUAUACACGUUUGCAAGCUUUUCUUUUUCCUCAAUAGAUAUGUAAACUUGUCUUCUUGGUACUUCACUCUCCAUACAAUUGAAGGUUCAGUUAUCUUA